AGCACAUUAAUAUAUGAAACCCUUUGCAGGCACACGUCUUUUGCACGAAAGAAACCUCAUUUUGAAGAAAUUCGUGACCAAACAAAACAGGAUCAAGCCAUGGACGUUCUGAAAGUUUGUUCUGCAUCCUCCAAUGAGACUGAGAAAGCGGAGCUGCUGCAGCAUCACCAAAAAGAUGGAAGUAGUGAGAGCAGUUAUUUAGCUACGAAGCCUGAAGAUAAUCAUUCCAGCCGGGGCGCGACUUCGUCUCCGUCACCGUCGAAACCGCAACAACUAUCACCAGAAACUGAAUUCCUUCUUUCAGACCCGAAGCUGGAUUCAAGCAGCCAUGAACAGCCUAAGAAUGUUAGUCAUCUCAAUGGCUUUGAGAGGUCCAGUUCUUCCUCAGGAGUCUACAGGUACUCUGGGGAUCAAAUGCCCAACUAUUUGACUGCUCUUGACAAUGGCAGCAUCAAUGGACCGCGGGCGGAUGCGGUUCACCGCUAUGGUCUAGUGAAGAGGUCCAACUCGGCUUCAGAGUUUAUUAGUUUUUCUGCAGAAUGGAGGCCUAAAUAUACCAUAGUUGACUGAAAUUUUACAGCAGUUUCAUUGUUACACGCUUAAUAAUCUAUUUAUUUGUGUAAAUUAAACUAUUUCAAUUAGUUAAAGAUGUGCGAAGUGAUCAAUGAAUCAGAAGAUUGGAAGCUAGUGGAAGAGUUUCUAUUGUUUUGGUUGCCUUAUAUAUAGAAUUACAAGGCUUUUUUUUUUUCCUGA